AAUAGGGUGCCAUUUGGGACGCGGUUACAGUGUAAUGGUAGUGUUGUUUUCCAUGGGUCUUUCCAGUCGACAUGUGCCUCGGCAGCAGCAGGUAAGCUGCUGAAGUCAGUGUGUUAUAUCAGUAACGUAGUGGUUCAGGAGGGUUAAUCCUCCUGUAUCCUCAGACCUCACGCCCACUGCUCUUAAUUGCCAACAGGUUGGGAGAGUCAGCAACAACACACACCACAUCAGUAACCCACGCCUGAGAGAGGAAGGACGCACUACAGAGAAGAGAGGGACUGCUCACAGAAACAAGUACAGGUACGUAAACAAAUACAUUUAUUUGAGUAGAAAAUGUUUUGUGAUGACUUAUGGAUUUGGUUGAGUUUGAGUAUUUACUUGAUGGUAGCGCCUCAUGUCACGCCAACUUGUUUCUUUCACAUAAGGAUGUUUUGAUAUGCUUGUGCUAUCAUUUUGAGCAGCAAAUGCUUUUCCAGAGGUUCAUUGUAGGGAUGGAGUACAUACUGGAUGAUAGUUCCUCUGGUGAUGAGAAUAGUUACCAUGUGGCAGGGAAUGCUGCUGGGUGAUAUUAGUCAGUUAUUUUAUUGUGAUUGGAAUUAUCUUAUUUUUACUAGCCUACUUCAUAUUACCCUUCAUUGUUAAGGUAGUAUCUAGUAGAAGUAACCACUAGUUUUCCUCUUGCUUCUUUUGGGCAACUGUAACUUACUGAACCCUUGUUCAUCAGUCAAUGUCCAGUGUAUGGCACUAUUGUCGUCUUGGUACAUAAUACCUGUAAUAGCGUUAUGUGUUUCUCGUGUGUUUCUCAUAUUUUUCACUCACCUUUGCAUGAUGGCCAUAAUAGGCCUACAAGUGUUGAACAAUAUGGAAGGUGUUUCCCCACUCUCUGGAAUCAUACAAAAUAUUUGCUGAAUAGGUUAUUCAUUUAAAAGGAUAGAUAGAUAGUCCUACUUAAAAGAAACACAACAUUUAGAAAAGACAAAGCAUUUCCAGUGGUGCAGUUUAACAAAGGAAACAGACGACUAUACUGUACAAUGUAGAUCUACUGUCAUUGGCUUCUUGAACAUUCCAUUGUCUCGCUCUUUGUGCACUUAAAAACAAGUUGAUGAGCUUAACCGGCAUCUGUCUGUUUAGGUCUCCAGCCUGGUCAUUAGUCCAGCUCCAUUUGAAGCUAGAGGGGCAGCCAUAGAAUUAAAACAAGUGGAGCUAAAAUGGGUACAACCCCUCAGACCACAAUUUGACUUGUCCACCCAUUGUGGCAUCAUUGACUUGAAUGAGGACAUUCAUUCUACUCGUUAUGGUUCUGUGGAGCAGACAUUCCCAUUCAAAUUAACAUCUCGUGGUGGGUACGUCGGUGGCCAUAUUGGUGUACCAUUAGGAAUGUUGGAUCAAUCGAGGCUUCUCACAUCAGGGCCAAUGCCAAUAUUCAUAAAGCAAUCUUGGAUCAGGUCCCGCAUGUUCACAUAGGCCUAAUCUUAUUCAUUAUGAUCUUAAAGGCAAAACUUAUCUUAGAUCAGUACUCUACCCUGAGACAUUUUAUGAAUACGGGCCCAGAAUUCUGUGCUACAUAAAAAUGUUUUGUUGUUGCAACAAUCACUUUUUUCAACAUUUUGGCCAUGCCUCAAAUCACAAUCUUUGAUGUAUUCCCUAUAUAGUGCUCUACUUUUGACCAGAGAUAAGUAGUGUACUGUAUAAAGAAUAGGGUAUUAUUUUCCUUUCUAGUCAUUCUAAUUCUACGGCAGCAGCCAUAUUGAGGUUGAUGAUCAGCUGUGGUGGUGGGAGGGACUUAAUGGUGAUGACGCUUUAGCCUCGUCAUAACACCUUCUGUCUGCCAUCGGAGGGUUUACUGGUGUGUGUACGUGUGCAUCUGUUUGCGUUCAUUCUUUCGUACGGCAGUGUGUGUGUAGGCGUGCAUGCUUGCUUUCUGCCUUGCGUGCGUGUGUGUUUUCCGUCCCUUUCGGCCAAUAGGAGAGGAGCAUCAGGUGUUGACGACUGAGAGGGUCAGACGUGGUGCCUUAUCAUCCUUAAUCCUCUAUCCCCAGACUUCGCUCUCCUGGAUUGUGUAACAGAAUCUACCGAUAUAAAAAGGAAAAAGAGCCUGGGAUUUCUGAGAACCAAGAGGAGAGUCUGUUUUGGUCUCUUCGGAGCUCCGAUCCAAUCCAAUCCUGUUUAAAUGUGACAGAGAUACCAGGCAAUUUAUUUCAGGAGAGGCAAUAUAGCUCACUUGUCAAACCUUAACACAACACUUGGGGUGGAUUUGCCAUUACCAGUGGAAUAGAUGUCUUUAGACUGGCUGUUCAGUAUUAUAUUAAACCUGUUCUGAAGUGCAACAUGUAGCUCAACAAUGGUUGUAGUCUCUCAGUACCAGACCUCAACACCGUAUUCUAGUUACUAGAACAGCUGGAGUCGAGGUUACAAUGAUUGACAAUAGUAGACUGUGUUGAAAACUGAUAUCUCUCUCCUCUCUCCCUCCUCCUCUUCCUCCCCAUCCUCCUCCUCCUCUUCCUCCCCAUCCUCCUCUCCCCCUCUUCCUUCUCCUCUCUCCCUUCUCCUCCUCUCUCCCUCCUCUCUCCCUUCUCCUCCUCUCUCCCUCCUCCUCUUCCUUCUCUUCCUCCUCACCCGCCUCCUCUGUCCCUCCUCCUCCUCUCUCCCUUCUCCUCUCUCCCUCCUCCUCCUCUCUCCCUCCUACUCCUCUCUCCCUCCUACUCCUCCUCUUCCUUCUCCUCCUCCUCUGUCCCUCCUCCUCCUCCUCCUCCUCUGUCCCUCCUUCUCCUCUCUCCCUUCUCCUCUCUCCCUCCUCCUCCUCCUCUCUCCCUUCUCCUCUCUCCCUCCUCCUCCUCCUCUCUCCCUUCUCCUCUCUCCCUCCUCCUCUCUCCCUCCUACUCCUCUUCUAUCCCUCUCCACCAGGGACCAGAAGAGCAGCAGGAGGAUGUCCUGUCUGGACGAUAUUCCCUUUAAGACCCUUCUGGGAUCUCUGGAGGGGCCCAGGGAAGAGGUGGAGCUGAUCACGGCCCCAGACAUCACUGUCCCAGACUACCUCACCAUACUGCAGGAGACAGAGGUUGGUGUGUGUGUGUGUGUGUGUUUGUGUGUGUGUGUGUGCGCAAUACCGCGCAAUACCACACAACCCCCUCAUACUGCAAGAGAUUGAGGGUAGAAUACACAUCACUACCAUUCACUUUUAUCACUCCACAUUAUCACUGAUCAUUGCAAGGAGCUGUUUAGUAUGAUAUGAAGUCAGAACAACACAGACCCUCUACCAUUAACACCUACUUCAGAUCUCUCCCUGCCAUCCAGUUCUGUUAGUUCAGUGAUUAUGACAGGUGAGGUGAGAUGUAUAAAAAAGGCUUUUCUAUACUGGGACAAAGACACAAAGCCUAUCAUUUAUUUAUUUGUCGAUGACACCAGAAAGCUUUAUUGCCAAACUACACAUGGUUGCAAGGACUUUUUCGCUGUGUUACACAGGAGACAAAAACAUAAACAUCAAAACAGAUAGAACAUAACACAUUUUUAACAAGGGGGUGGUUUAAACACGCUGUUUUCCAAUGUUGUCAUCGACUUUUACUGGGUAGAAGUUGAAGCCAUGGUAAAAUGGCUGACGUCUCCUACUCUUGUCUUAGUGUAAUUAGGACUAUUAUGAUACUGGGUGGCCUUUGACCCGUCCACUGCUACACUGCCAGAUCUAAAUCCCACAGUGACCCCCGACAUGGUUGUGUAUUUAACGGUGAAGGGAAAAUAUCUCUCUUCGGUUCAGUUGUCAAAACCUUGGCCAAGCUUUCUCCUUAAUUGUGUUAGGGUUUGAGUAUGGUUAGUUUCUAAAUUCCCAGAGGCCUCAACACACAGAGUGUGUAGGAUGUUCUCCCUACAUAGCCCAUAGGCUAUAACAUAGCUUAAUACUGGGGCCAGAAAAACUGCUGGGAAGUUUUUUUUUUAAAUCAAUACCUUUACGGCAUGGCCUUUAUGUAAUUAAUUAAACAUCAACAAAAAUGGUGGUUUCCUGGUCCCAGUUCUGUUUGUGCUAUACUCGCCAACUUCUAUGGUCAUUGGCAAGUCAGCACAAUCAGAUCUGAGAACAGGCUAAUUUGUGGAAGUAUUUGGUUGGAUUUGAAUUAAUUUCAUAGGUAUUGUCCUAAAUAAAUACAAAUCUAUUAACUUCUGCCUUUGCAAUGCAUAUAGUACGUACAUUAGAUGGCAUUGUAUACCUUAACAUCUCUCUGACUUCUCUUGAAGCCCCAGUACUGCAAGUCUCUUUAUUCUUCCAGCUGGUGGGAGACAGAGCAUGCAUCCCAAAUGGCACCCUAUUCCCUAUAUAGUGCACAACUUUUGACCAGAGGCCUAUUGGCCCUGGUGAAGAUUAUUACACUAUAUAGGGAAUAGGCAGCCAUUUGCAACGCAUACAGAAUCUCCUCAUUGUUAAUAUUACCCUAAAGCCAUAGUCAUUAUGGUUUAUGAUCUGAUAAACCCAGUGUGAUUAUUAUAGGAGCCUUAUUUGGAGAUUUUCUGAUUUUACUUUCACCUCCUCUGAUCUGGAGAGAGUUGAGUUUGACAGCCUCAUCCAUCCAAAGCCAACAGAACCUGGGUUGUGUCCCAAAUGGCACCCUAUUUCGUAUGUAGUGCACGGAAUAUAAAGAGAACAGGGGUGCUAUUUGGUAAGAACUACUAGUCUGGGAAUUGGAAUUGUGAACACACACACACACACACACACACACACAGACAUACGCAAAUGUGAACGUGCACACACACACCUCUAUUGCAAGUGCCUGUGGGAUCAAUUCAUUCAUCUUGUUAACAGAGAGAAUAGCUUCAAUCUGAUGUAUGGUUUUGUGGUUUUUGGCAUCACAUGCAAGGCUAUUUCCUACAGUCUGGGAAAUUGAUUGGAAGGCAAACAAAGCCAAAAAUGUAGACAAAAUGAAGGAAUUGAUUGUGAAACAUUUGCUGUGAUGCGUCCUUGGCCUUAUUGGAUCCUUCCUUCCUCACUUCCUUCCCUUAAUCACAUGAUAUUGGAUAAGUGAAAGAUCAAGUCGCUAAGGGAAAGCUGAGUGGGUGUUAGACAUUGGCAGUGGGUAAGUUGAUGAGGUGCGUGACACCUUAACAAUGUGAAGCGCUUUGAGGGAAGAAGGAAGCAUUUGCUAGACUGACUGCUUACCUUAUUGAUUGUUUGAUUGAUUGUUUGAUUGGUUGGUUUGCCAUUUGAUUGGUUUUUAUUCGAAAAUAUGUUAGUGACAAUAUAACAUGAUUCAAUGGUUCUCUUAAAGUACACUCCAUUUAUCCAUCCAUCCACCCACCCAUCAACCAACAACCAUUGACUAACCCAUCUUCACCUCUGUCUACAGUACAUGUUCAGCUUGGAGAACUGGGUGCUCCAGGGCCUCCAGGGAGGUUACCCCAGCCAGCCCCAACCCCCCGGCCCCAGAUCCCCAUCCGAGGUGCUCCCCUCCAGCCCACCCUACUGGCACCUCUUCAGCAGCCCCCAGGAGAGCCGCCUGGCCAGCCGACACAGCUCUGACUUCUGGGAGCCCAACCCCCGCCAGCGCUCCCACAGCCUGAACCCGGUCGACAUGCGCACCCGGGUCAAGUUCGUCAUCUCCGACUCCGAGGAGGAAGAGGAGUGCUCUUCGUCGGGAGAGGGUUCCUCGGAGUCCGGUUCAGGGUACGUGUCGGAUCAGCGUGUUCCUGGGGUGAGGAACCCACGGCAGACCUGCACCCCUAACGUCCUGAACCUACCUGUAUCUCAGAGCGGUCUGGUGACCUACCAGCGUAGGAAGAACCUCCGCCAGUCCUCACUGUCCGUUCUGGAGACCUCCAGAGAGUGUAGUCAGGGGACACCCUGCCCCCCAGGAGGACACAAGCCACCACCCUCCUCAUCCCUGUCCAGACACCCAUUGACCAGGGCCAACACGGAGCAUGUCCCCUCCAUCAGACACCACAAGCCAACACAUCCGGUACGGACAUGACCUCCUAUUAGGAGAAAUAUAGUAGAUAAAUGGUAUUGAAGGCUCAGAAUACAUUAUUAUUGUUAGAUAGUUAAAGGGAUAGUUCCCUGACAUGACAAAAUUACGUAUUUGUUUACUUGCCUUGAAAUUGCUUUGGAUUGGUUUACCUAGCCACUGUCACCAACGUUAGUUAAGUUCUUUAGCUGUACACAUUCAUGAACAUCGACACACACAAAAACCAGAUCAGAGUCUCUUUGGAUAAAAGUGUCCGUUUUAUAUUAUUAUUGUCCAACUGAUGAGCUCAAUAUUAUCUGGCAUAGUAGGCUAUUCUAUUCCACAAUCCCUUAUUUCAUAUUUCUAGGAAUUAGUAGCAAUGGGUUCAGUUACACCCGGGUAUGCCUCUAUCAAUAAGUGGGAAUGUUUUCCCAUUUCUUAAAAAAACUUUUUCUCUAGGAUGUGUAGUUCAAGUCCCCACUUCCUAGUUCCCAUGGGCUAUCUUUAAAAACUAAAGCCCCAAACCAGAUGUCCUCAGUGAGCAGAGUAUGACGGUACUAUAACUGUCUCUGCCUCGGAGCAGCGUGGGCCUGGAAAAAGAUGAGGGAGUUAUUUAAACCCCCACACUAAGUAACAGACCUAUUCUAAUGCCAACCACAGCUCAACAAGCUCAUGUGGGAUUUGCUCAACUUUGACUCCAGAUACAGCAGAUAUCUUGAAUGGAGAUUGUAUUUCAGAUUAACUUCAUACUUUGAAAUAGAUUUGUAAAAUGAAAUUCAUAUUUUUGUAAAGCGAAUUGUAUACAGUAUGUCAGUUGAUAGAGAAAACAGAUCCUCCUGAGUAUAUUAAGCUUUUUUUCCAAUUGACAUUUCUCAAAUGUUUCGAGGGAUGUGCGCUCUAAGUAUAGCUAGUGUAAAGUCUGUCCUUGGAAUCGUCUCAAGUUAUUACAAUUUCAUCAGGAUUAGCGAGUGGAAUUACUCGGGGAAAUGUCUUUCUCAGCAAAGCAGUGUUUCAAGGUUAGCCAGCCAUGUACGUUUCGGUGCUGUCAUGCACUAUAAAUGUUGCCCUCAUAUUGCGUGAAUGUUGCCAGUUCCACGUACAGGCUGUCAGUCAGGUUGUCAGUCUACAGGCAAAUAGAGAGGCAUCACAGUCAGGCUGGGGUUUCAGGCUGACCCUCUCCCUGCAUGGUGUUUUCUGACUUUCUUUCUGACUUUCUUUCUUUCUUUCUGACUUUCUUUUUCUUUCUGACUUUCUUUCUGACUUUCUUUCUUUCUGACUUUCUUUCUUUCUUUCUUUCUGACUUUCUUUCUGACUCUUUCGGACUUGGCUUUCUUUCGACUUUCUUUCUCUGACUUUCGUUGUUUCUUUGUUUCGUUCUUCUGACUUUCUUUUGGUUUCUUCCUUUUUCUUUCUGACUUCUUUUCCUUUCUUCUUUCUCUUUCUGACUUUCUUUCUGACUUUCUUUCUUUCUUUGUCAAACUCCCCACCUCCCCUCCCCCUCCCCUACUCUCUCCCUCUCUCUCACACUCUCUCCUCUGCUCUCCCCCCCUGCGUGUGCAGUCCCUGAGUCCGUACUUCUGCCUGCCGGCCCUUCCCUCGGUGACCUCACGACCCCUGGGUUCCCACGCCACGUCAGUGCUGGACUCCUCGGUGGAGCUGCUGUCCGCGCUGAGCCCUGAGGAGAGAGAGCUGCUGCAGGCCAUCACAGAAAGGGGCUAUCCGCUCCGCACCGCCAUCAUCGCCCUGCAGAAGACCGGCCAGCAGAGCCCAGAACAGGUCCGUCUUAAAACACAGUCACAAACAUUUCAUAGACAUAUGAAUUUGACCAGUUUCUAGAAUGUAAGUUUCUCUGACCAAGAUGGCCGUCCUGUAGUUGUGUUGCCGGGAUGCCAAUAUCCGCUCUAGUGCUCUAUUUAAUUCUGUGGUCAACACAACACUAUGGACAUUUAGCAGAGGCUUUUAUCCAAAGUAAUGUGUGUUGUGUUUUUACAUGACAUCAUUGACACACCGGACAGAGUGAUAUGUUGAUGUAGCAGCGUAAUGUGUUCUAGCCUAAAAAGACAUUGCCAUCAAGUGUAGUUGAAACAGAUCUCUCUCCGAUCCCGUCAGCCACAUCUCUCUGUUCUCUUUUUCAAUAGCGCAGGUGCAUAAAGAUGGCGGCCCCAAAUCCCUUGUUUUGCUAAGUUCGCCUUCAUGUGUCCUUCUUCAUGUGUUAGUAUAUAGACAAACAAAAUAAGGAUAGCAAUUCAAACUAUAAAGGCGCUUCUCAUCUAAACCAUAUUGCAAAUAAUGUUGCACACUUGAUUCAUUAACCAGACAUUCUAUGCUUUACACUGAACAUGUAAAGGGGGUAGAUGUUUCCCACAUUACCAAUGGAGGUGGGUUGGGAAAGAGGGAUUUGAAUCUAGAUCCGUCUCUAAUACACAACAACAAUAUGUGUCCUGGAACUAGAAUGUGUAGUCAGACUAGUGUAAAAAGGCCCUUAGCUCAGGCUUAGCGGUCCUGUCUCUAAGUAAAAAGAGCAGAUCACUAAACAUCCCUAAUCCUCUGCUGCUUCAACAGACGUGGUUCAAAGAGUCUACCAUAUCCCUUUAUCCCCUGGAUGUGUCUGUGUUAUUCUGUUCAAAGCCAACCAAGUCUGAUAUCCCUAAUGCUGCAUCUCAACUGGGUUCACAUACUAUUUGAAAUCUUUCAAAUAGUAAUAGCGUUUGCUUUAACCUGCCUGGAAUGCCAGAUGGGCGGGGAUUGUACUUUUGUGACUAUUCUAUUGGUUCCAUUGCACCAAGCAAGCUCAAUCAAGCCCAGCUAAAGUAUUUGGAAUAAUUUGAAAUAGUAUGUCAACCUUCUUCAUAUUGUAAAGGUACAAUCGCUCCCGACCCGUGUUAUGAAAUGUAAUGUAAUAUUUUUUAUUGUAUAUAUACUGUAACUGCAUGAAUGUUGCUGGACCCCAGGAAGAGUAGCUGCUGCCUUGGCAGGAACUAAUUGGGAUCCUUAAUAAAUUCAAAAAAUACAUACAACCAAAAGCCCCACGUUUAUGUAAUUUGCUACAGUGCCACAUUUCUGAGCAAUGAGCCCACGUAGCUGGACAUGCUGCCAGCACUCUCAACUUUUCCCCAUCCGACAGUGUGCAUCUACCUCACUGUUGGCUUUGGCGUUUAACGACCGAGCAGAACAUAUGGUUUUAGCUCCCCGCAGCCCGGCUCGUAUUUGAUGCCAUUUGCCUAUGAAGAGGGAGAGGGGAGGAGGUUAAAAAACACAAUUGUAAAAAUAGAUACCAGAUCCUCCAAAGUUUCCACAACCUGCUCAGUAUUAUGUGUGUUCUCAGCAGAGUCACAUAUACACUACCGUACAAAAGUUUGGGGUCACUUAGAAAUGUCCUUGUUUUCGACAGAAAAGCAAAUUUUUUGUCCAUUAAAAUAACAUCAAAUUGAUCAGAAAUACAGUGUAGACAUUGUUAAUGUUGUAAAUGGUUAUUGUAGCUGGAAACGGCAGAUUUUUAAUGGAAUAUCUACAUAGGCAUACAGAGGCCCAUUAUCAGCAACCAUCAGUCCUGUGUUCCAAUGGCACGUUGUGUUUGCUAAUCCAAGUCUAUCAUUUUAAAAGUCUAAUUGAUCAUUAGAAAACCCUUUUGAAAUUAUGUUAGCACAGCUGAAAACUGUUGUGCUGAUUAAAGAACAAUAAAACUGCAAAGAAAUGCCAUAUCUCAGACUGGUCAAUAAAAAUAAAAAAUUAAGAUGGGCAGUCUGAGAUAUGGCUUUUUCUUUGCAACUCUGCCUAGAAGGUCAGCAUCCCGGAGUCGCCUCUUCACUGUUGACGUUGAGACUGGUGUUUUGCGGGUACUAUUUAAUGAAGCUGCCAGUUGAGGACCUGUGAGGUGCCUGUUUCUCAAACUAGACACUUUAAUGUAUUUGUCCUCUUGCUCAGUUGUGCACCGGGGCCUCCCACUCCUCUUUCUAUUCUGGUUAGAGCCAGUUUGCGCUGUUCUGUGAAGGGAGGAGUACACAGCGUUGUACGAGAUCUUCAGUUUCUUGGCAAUUUUUCGCAUGGAAUAGCCUUCAUUUCUCAGAACAAGAGUAGACUGACGAGUUUCAGAAGAAAGUUAUUUGUUUCUGGCCAUUUUGAGCCUGUAAUCGAACCCACAAUUGCUGAUGCUCCAGAUACUCAACUAGUCUCAAGAAGGCCAGUUUUAUUGCUUCUUUAAUCAGCACAACAGUUUUCAGCUGUGCUAACAUAAUUGCAAAAGGGUUUUCUAAUGAUCAAUUAGCCUUUUAAAAUGAUAAACUUGGAUUAGCAAACACAACGUGCCAUUGGAACACAGGACUGAUGGUUGCUGAUAAUGGGCCUCUGUACGCCUAUGUAGAUAUUCCAUAAAAAAUCAUAGCCAUUUAAAACAUUAACAAUGUCGACACUGUAUUUCUGAUCAAUUUGAUGUUAUUUUAAUGGACAAAAAAAUAGAUUUUCUUUAGAAAACAAGGACAUUUCUAAGUGACCCCAAACUUUUGAACGGUAGUGCAGUUUCAGGGGCUGCCUCUGGCUCCUCUCCCUCAGGGUUACUUCUGGCUCCUCUCUCUCAAGGGGGGCUGGCCUCUGGUACUCUCCCUCAGGGGUGCCUCUGGCGCCUCAGGGGUUACUUCUUCGGCUCCUCUCUCUCAGGGGCUACCUCUGGCUACUCUCCCUCAGGGCGUGCCUCUGGCUCCUCUCCCUCAGGGCUACCUCGGCUACUCUCCCUCAGGGCUGCCUCUGGCUACUCUCCUCAGGAGCUGCCUCUGCUCCUCUCCCUCAGGGCAACCUCUGGCCCCUUCCCUAGGGCUGCCUCUGGCUACUCUCCCUCAGGCUGCCUCUGGCUACUCUCCCUCAGGGGCUGCCUCUGGCUCCUCUCCCUCAGGGGCUGCCUCUGGCUACUCUCCCUCAGGGGCUGCCUCUGGCUACUCUCCCUCAGGGGCUGCCUCUGGCUACUCUCUCUCAGGGGCUAACUCUGGCUUCUCUCCCUCAGGGGCUGCCUCUGGCUCCUCUCCCUCAGGGGCUACCUCUGGCUCCUCUCCCUCCGUGUGAUGCAUGGUCCAGUGGGCAGGGCCCUGGAGGGGGGGCUUUGGGAAGCAGCGGAGGGGGAGUGGAUAAACAGGACCAUGAAUCAAGUGACACAUUCAAGUUAGCUGGGCUAAAUGGUUUAGAAAGUUGCCUAGCCUGCUGUGUGGAGGUUGUAGCCAGGGUUCAGCUCUUCUCUUAUGCCCCCCCCCCCCCUCUCUCUCUCUCUCUCUCUCGUCAGCCCUCUCUCUACACCGCCCACCCCCUUUGCUCCUAUCUAUUUCUCUCUCCAUCCUUCCUCAACCCUCUCUUCCAUUUUCUUUUUAUCUCUCUCUCCUUCCAUCUCUCCCUCCCUUCCCUCUCUCCUUCCAUCUCUCCCUCCCUCCCCUCUCCUUCCAUCUCUCCCUCCCCUCUCUCCUUCCAUCUCUCCCUCCCUCCCCUCUCUCCUUCCAUCUCUCUCUCCUUCCAUCUCUCUCCUUCCAUCUCUCCCUCCCUCCCCUCCCUCCUUCCUCUCUCUCCUUCCAUCUCUCCCUCCCUCCCCUCUCUCCUUCCAUCUCUCUCUCCCUCCCUCCCCUCCCUCCCUCCCCUCUCUCCUUCCUCUCUCUUCUUCCAUUUCUCCCUCCCUCCCCUCUCCCCUUCCCUCUCUCUCCCCCCUCUCUCCCUCCCCUCCCCUCUCUCCUUCAUUUUCCCCUCCUUCCCCCUCCCCCCUUCCCUCUCCCCUUUCCCCUCUCUCCCUCCCUCCCUCCUUUCCUUUCCCCCUCUCCCUUCCUCCUCCUCCCUCCCCCCCUUCUUCCUUCCUCUCCCCUCCUCCCUUCCCCUCCCCCCUCCCUCUCUCCUUCCUUCCUCCCCCUUUUCCCCCUUCCCCCUCUCUCCUUCCUCCUUUUCCCCCACCCCCCUCCCCCCCUUUCCCCCCCCUCCCCCUUCCCCUCCUCCUUCCAUUUUCCCCCUCCCUCCCCUCCUCUCCCUCCCCCCUCCCCCUCUCCUUCCCCCUUCCCCCCCUCCCUCCCUCCCCUCUUUUCCUUCCCCCUCUCCCUCCCUCCCUCCCCCCUCCCUCCCCCUUUUUCUCCUUCCAUCUCUCUCCCUCCCUCCCCUUCUCCUUCCUCUCCCUCCUUCCUCCUCUCCCUCCCUUCCUCCUCCCCCUUCCUCUCUCCCCCUUUCCCUUUUCUCUCCCCCCUCCCCUCCUUUUUCCUCCCUCCCUCCCCUCCCUUCCUCUCUCUCCUUCCAUUCUCCCUCCCUCCUCCCCCCCCUUCCUUCCUCUCUCCCCCCUCCCCUCUCCCCUUCCUCUCGCCCCCCCCUCUCUUCCUCCCUCCCUUCUCUCCACCCUUCCUUCUCCCCGUCAAGUAAAGAAAAGCAGCGGGGUUUUAAACAUCCGGGGAUCAACUCUUUAAUCAAUUACCUAUUUAAUCAGUGUAAUCCCCCCGCCCUCUCUCUCUCUCCCUCCGUCUUCCUGUUAAAACAGGCCAUGGGUCACCCUGCUCUCACACAUAUUACCUUUCACUCUGCUGAUCUCAGAUCAGUUAUUCUCCAUUUCAGAGUGAUGUCAUUAGCACAAGAUUGGCUUAUCAGAUUUUUUAAAAUAUAUACAGUGGGGAAAAAAAGUAUUUAGUCAGCCACCAAUUAUGCAAGUUCUCCCACUAAAAAGAUGAGGAGCCCCGUAAUUUUCAUCAUAGGUACACGUCAACUAUGACAGACAAAUUGAGAAAAGAAAAUCCAGAAAAUCACAUUGUAGGAUUUUUAAUGAAUUUAUUUGCAAAUUAUGGUGGAAAAUAAUUAUUUGGUCACCUACAAACAAGCAAGAUUUCUGGCUCUCACAGACCUGUAACUUCUUCUUUAAGAGGCUCCUCUGUCCUCCACUCGUUACCUGUAUUAAUGGCACCUGUUUGAACUUGUUAUCAGUAUAAAAGACACCUGUCCACAACCUCAAACAGUCACACUCCAAACUCCACUAUGGCCAAGACCAAAGAGCUGUCAAAGGACACCAGAAACAAAAUUGUAGACCUGCACCAGGCUGGGAAGACUGAAUCUGCAAUAGGUAAGCAGCUUGGUUUGAAGAAAUCAACUGUGGGAGCAAUUAUUAGGAAAUGGAAGACAUACAAGACCACUGAUAAUCUCCCUCGAUCUGGGGCUCCACGCAAGAUCUCACCCCGUGGGGUCAAAAUGAUCACAAGAACGGUGAGCAAAAAUCCCAGAACCACACGGGGGGACCUAGUGAAUGACCUGCAGAGAGCUGGGACCAAAGUAACAAAGCCUACCAUCAGUAACACACUACGCCGCCAGGGACUCAAAUCCUGCAGUGCUAGACGUGUCCCCCUGCUUAAGCCAGUACAUGUCCAGGCCCGUCUGAAGUUUGCUAGAGUGCAUCCAGAAGAGGAUUGGGAGAAUGUCAUAUGGUCAGAUGAAACCAAAAUAUAACUUUUUGGUAAAAACUCAACUCGUCGUGUUUGGAGGACAAAGAAUGCUGAGUUGCAUCCAAAGAACACCAUACCUACUGUGAAGCAUGGGAGUGAAAACAUCAUACUUUGGGGCUGUUUUUCUGCAAAGGGACCAGGACGACUGAUCCGUGUAAAGGAAAGAAUGAAUGGGGCCAUGUAUCGUGAGAUUUUGAGUGAAAACCUCCUUCCAUCAGCAAGGGCAUUGAAGAUGAAACGUGGCUGGGUCUUUCAGCAUGACAAUGAUCCCAAACACACCGCCCGGGCAACGAAGGAGUGGCUUCGUAAGAAGCAUUUCAAGGUCCUGGAGUCUCCAGAUCUCAACCCCAUAGAAAAUCUUUGGAGGGAGUUGAAAGUCCGUGUUGCCCAGCGACAGCCCCAAAACAUCACUGCUCUAGAGGAGAUCUGCAUGGAGGAAUGGGCCAAAAUACCAGCAACAGUGUGUGAAAACCUUGUGAAGACUUACAGAAAACGUUUGACCUGUGUCAUUGCCAACAAAGGGUAUAUAACAAAGUAUUGAGAAACUUUUGUUAUUGACCAAAUACUUAUUUUCCACCAUAAUUUGCAAAUAAAUUCAUUAAAAAUCCUACAAUGUGAUUUUCUGGAUUUUUUUUCCUCAUUUUGUCUGUCAUAGUUGACAUGUACCUAUGAUGAAAAUUACAGGCCUCUCUCAUCUUUUUAAGUGGGAGAACUUGCACAAUUGGUGGCUGACUAAAUACUUUUUUUCCACACUGUAUAAUGUGUCUAUAGACUCACCUAAUGUGUCUUCCUCAUCCUGGUGUGUGUGUGUGUGACACCAAGUUGUCACUGCAGAAAUAUGAUCUGACUUAAUUAUCAUCGUUAUAGAUACUGCUGUGUUAGGAGUAAUUGGACUCUUGCCAUAAUGGCACACAUAUUGAUAUAGAACACCACAGAGCACAGUGCCAGAUUCACAAGAACCACAUCAGUUAAUACUCACAGUUACACUGAAACAUUUACCCUUUUCACACUACCAAUCUGUAAUGCACUGACAUGGUUACGCAUCCACCAUAGUUACUGAAGCCGUGCUGGAAAGGACAAUAUGAAAAGAAAAUAUCUAAGUCAGCACAGUACAGUUGAGAUCAGUGUGAUGGUGUGAAACGGGUAUUCUUCUAAUCAUCUUGUCAACCAUAUUUGUGGCUGCUUUGUGUCUAAUGCUCGUCACUUGAAUAUAUUUUGUUGACAGACUGCUGUUGAGUGCAGAGACAGACAGUUACCCAGGCAACUGUUUACCUGCUAGCGACAGUAAUGCUAUUAGUGGUAGUAAUCCGUGGUGGUGUGGUGGUUGUGUGCAGAUCCUACGCUAUCUGGUGGCCUGCGAUAGACUGUGUGAGCGGGGCUACGACGAGGCGCAGGUGGAGGAGGCCCUGGAGAUGUUCCAGAACUGUGAGACCAAGGUAAACAUAAUUGAUUAUUACUUUAUUUAUCUUGGUAUUCUCUUUUUACCUCACAGCUUUCCUCUAAUGAACAACAAAUCAAUUUGAAUUGAAUUGUACUGCUGGAUUUAAAGGAAUAGUUCACCCAAAAUACAAAAUUACAUAUUGGCUUCCUUACCCUCUGAAUGCUAAAAAGUAAGCAAUUGGAGACAGUGGCCAGCUAAACAAAACCAAAGCAUGGAUUGGUGUCUUACCUUGUCCAUAAACUACUUACAGGGUAAGGAAACCAACAUGUCAUUUGGGUGAACUAUCCCUUUAACUGUAAAAGCUGCUCUAUCAUCUGAUGGUUUCUCUCCUCUCUCCCCCUCAGGCUGAGGAGUUUCUUCACCUGCUGGCUCAGUUCAAUGAGAUGGGCUUCCAGCAGAACGCUAUCAAAGAGGUUCUGUUAGUCCACGAGAACCACCGCGAGAGGGCCCUGGAAGAGCUGAUGAUGCGU